GAGACCACCCUCGUGUCCAGCGGACGGGAGUGGCUUGUGCAAAAGUGUACCUUGGCCGCUCUGAGCCCGCCCCUCGCUGGGGCAGACUCGCGGCACGCUCGCUCACACACACUCGGUGGAGCGGAGCGGAGCUUUCGGGAGCGGGCCCCCCCUCUGUGCAGUAUGCAUGUUGGCCUGGAAACUUGCGGAGCUCUCACGUCCCGACGGCGGCGGCGGCCGCGGCGUACCUCGGUGGCCGGGGAACAUCCCUGCGAGAGUCGAGGAGAACACACCGCGCUGGAUGUGGCGGGGGCGCGGGGGAGCGCGGACGGAAACGCGGGAGUGAGCGGGGACAUCGAUGAUUAGUAGUACAGUACUUGUUUUUGGCGUCAUCGUUUGCUGGCGUUCUUAGGACUCGCGUUACAGGAGGAGCUCCCAUCUGUCGCCCUCCUCUGAACGCGGACAAUCAUGCGGGCGCUCUUUUGGGGCUUGGGCUUGCUGCUAUUCCCUCAUUUAGUAGCUGCGGACGCGUCCGCGGAGACGCCGCCGUCGAGUCCAAGAACAGCGAAAGAGCAGAUCGGCGCCUACGAGAUCGCCACGCCGGUGCGAGUGGACGGCGCCGGCGACAAGUUCCCGAGCGGCGCGCACUUCAAGAGGAAACGGCGAAGUUUGGACGAGAAGAGCGACAACGCGACGCGGCACUGGGCCUCCCCGAACAUCCACUACAGGAUUUCUGCAUUCGGACAGAACUAUCACCUCAACCUCACGCCUGACUCGGGAUUUAUCGCCCCGCUCUAUACCGUGACGAUCCUCGGAGGAGAUGACGCGACGGGCCGGGACGAGGGACCGCAGGAGGGCGACGAGGAGGAGGACACCGACUUGAGGCACUGCUUCUAUAAAGGACAAGUCAAUGCCAAAUCAGAGCACGCCGCGGUCAUCAGUUUGUGCUCCGGACUGUUUGGUACCUUCGGAUCUCCGGAAGGGGAGUAUUUUGUUGAGCCCCUUCACAGCUACCAAGGAGAACAUUAUGAAGAGGAACGCACAAAACCUCACAUCGUGUACAGGAAGAGGGCGCCCCAGAAAGAGAAAUUUGGCCAGAGCUCACCUUGCGACACUUCAGGACACAAACACAGGCACGAGAGGCACAAACCGAGGAAAAAGCCAGCCGCCGGGAUGGCCUCGGACGCCGCGCGUGCUUCCGACGCCGCUGCAGCGCCGAGUGCCGUGGACUCGCUCGGUGGCCCCCUGACCGGCGACGCCUUGCGUAGAUCGGAGAGCGGCCGCGGCGUGGGCGCGAGACCCGCAAACGAAAGCGGCGGAGAUGACGCCAGAGCUCACAAGCGCUCCAAGCGCUUCCUCUCCUUCCCGCGCUUUGUCGAAGUCAUGUUGGUGGCCGACAGCAAAAUGGUGGAACAUCACGGCGGCAACCUGCAGCACUACCUACUCACCCUCAUGGCCAUCGUGUCUUCGAUCUACAAGGACCCCAGCAUUGGCAACCUCAUUAACAUCGUGAUUGUGAAGUUAGUCAUCAUCACCAACGAGCUGGAGGGUCCCCUUGUUUCAUUUAACGCACAGACCACUUUGAAGAACUUUUGCAUUUGGCAGCACGGUCAAAAUGUCCUGGAUGACAACCACCCCUCGCACCACGACACCGCCAUCCUUAUCACAAGACAAGACAUCUGUAGAGCAAGGGACAAGUGUGACACUUUAGGACUGGCAGAGUUGGGCACCGUGUGCGAUCCGUACCGGAGCUGCAGCAUCAGCGAGGACAACGGCCUGAGCACAGCGUUCACCAUCGCCCACGAGCUCGGCCACGUGUUCAACAUGCCUCAUGACGACAGCAAUAAAUGUAAGGAGGAUGGUGUCAAGAUCCAGCAGCACGUGAUGGCCCCCACACUGAACUACAACACAAAUCCUUGGAUGUGGUCCAAGUGUAGCAGGAAGUACAUCACCGAGUUCCUCGACACCGGCUAUGGCGAGUGCUUGCUGGACGAGCCCGUCUCGAGGCCAUACAGUCUCUCGCAGCAGCUGCCCGGACGGAUUUACAAUGUCAAUAAACAGUGCGAAUUGAUAUUUGGAGCGGGAACACAGGUGUGUCCUUAUAUGACCCAAUGUCGAAGGCUGUGGUGCACCAGCCCAGAGGGCGCCCAGAGGGGCUGCAGGACGCAGCACAUGCCGUGGGCCGACGGCACCGAUUGCUCCCCGGGAAAGCACUGCAAGCACGGGCUGUGCAUCGCCAAAGAGCACGACGCCGCACCCGUGGAGGGCGCCUGGGGAGUCUGGAGUCCUUUCGCGAGCUGUUCUCGGACGUGCGGCGGCGGCAUCAAGAUUGCGGAGCGCGAAUGCAACCGGCCCGUGCCAAGGAAUGGAGGCGCGUACUGCGUCGGUCGGCGGAUGAAGUUCCGUUCCUGUAACUCGGAGCCGUGCUCCAAGCAGAAGAGGGACUUCAGGGAGGAGCAGUGCGCCGUUUUCGACGGCAGGCAUUUCAACAUCAACGGCCUACCUCCGAAUGUUCGCUGGGUGCCCAAAUACAGCGGCGUUCUGAUGAAGGACAGAUGUAAGCUGUUCUGCAGGGUUGCGGGCAGCACGGCCUACUAUCAACUCAGGGACCGGGUCACCGACGGCACGCCGUGUGGACCCGACACCAACGACAUCUGCGUCCAAGGCUUGUGCAGGCAAGCUGGCUGCGACCACGUCUUAAACUCCAAAGCCAGGAGAGACAAGUGCGGCGUGUGCGGCGGUGACAACUCUUCUUGUAAGACUGUGGCAAACACUUUCAACGUCGUACGCUACGGAUACAAUGAAGUGGUGCGGAUACCCAGCGGUGCUACAAACGUCGAUGUUCGUCAACACAGCUACUCAGGGAAACCAGAGGAUGACAACUACCUCGCCAUAUCAAACAGCCGCGGAGAGUUCCUGCUGAAUGGAGAGUUUGUGGUCAGCAUGUUCAAAAGAGAAAUCAAAGUGGGAAGCGCUGUCAUCGAGUACAGCGGCUCCGAUCACGUUAUCGAGAGGAUUAACUGCACUGAGCGCCUUGAAGAGGAGAUCGUCGUCCAGGUGCUGUCCGUAGGGAACCUUUACAACCCGGAUGUCAGGUACUCCUUCAACAUCCCCAUCGAGGACCGACCCCAGCAGUUUUUCUGGGAUGCCUACGGUCCGUGGCAGGACUGCAGCCGCCUGUGCCAAGGAGAGAAGAAGAGAAAGGUUCUCUGUAGCAGAGAGUCCGACCGGGUGGUGGUGUCGGACCAGAGGUGUCACGGUAUACCGAGACCUGCGCUGAUCCCUGAGGCCUGCAACACAGACUGUGAACUGAGGUGGCAUGUGGCUCGAAAGAGUGAAUGCACAGCUCAGUGCGGUGUUGGAUUUCGCACCCUGGACAUAUUCUGUUCCAAAAUGAGCCUCACUGAUGGAAAGAUCCAAAAGGUUGAUGAUCGCUAUUGCAGUGGGCAGCGCAAACCCGAGGACAAGGAAGUUUGUCACGGAGAUUGUAAUCCUGGAGGCUGGGAGUACUCGUCCUGGUCAGAGUGCUCAAAGAGUUGCGGGGGGGGCCCCCGCCGAAGAGGAGCGGUGUGUCGAAAGGCGGCCGAGGCCGAGGGCGAUGACAGCAAGUGCAGUCAUCGGGACAAGUUGGCCGUCCAACCCUGCAAUGAGUUCCUCUGUCCUCAAUGGAAGACUGGAGACUGGUCGGAGUGCCUGGUAACGUGCGGCAAAGGCUACAAGCACCGGCCCACUUGGUGUCAGUUUGGUGAGGACCGUCUAGAUGACCGCUUCUGCGGGUCAACGAAGCCCGAGUCAGUGCAGACGUGUCAGCAGCAGGAAUGCGCCGCCUGGCAGGUCGGACCUUGGGGACAGUGCACGACCUCGUGUGGGCUCGGGUACCAGAUGCGAGCUGUCAAGUGUGUGGUCGGAUCUUAUGGCGCGGUCAUGGAAGACACCGAAUGUAAUGCUGCCACCCGGCCCACUGACACCCAGGACUGCGAAGUGGCCCAGUGUCCAGCCGGCCAGAUCGUCCCCCACGGGACCAAAGUCCCGUCCCAUCAAGGCCACAAAACCCAGUGGCGCUUUGGUUCGUGGACCCAGUGCAGCGCGACCUGCGGCAAAGGGACCCGCAUGCGUUAUGUCAGUUGUCGCGACAAUCACGGCGGCGUGGCAGAUGAGUCGGCGUGCGCCGGCCUCCCCAAACCUCCCGCCAGAGAGGCCUGCUCCGUUGCUGCGUGCGGACAGUGGAAAGUGUUGGAGUGGACCGUGUGCUCAGUCAGCUGCGGUCAGGGGAAGACGACGCGCCGAGUGCUCUGCGUCAACUUCGGCGACCAAGAAGUGAACGCCGGCGAGUGCGACCCGGACGAGCGGCCGAGCGCCGAGCAGGACUGCGCCGCCUCGCCAUGCCCGUCCCACUCCGGCGAUUCCAGACUGCUUCCAUCCUCGCCAAACGGCGGCGUUCGCAACGUCAUUCCUCAAAGCCAAUCCCAGCAAUGGCGGACGGGUCCCUGGGGCGCGUGCUCCAGCACGUGCGCGGGAGGCUUUCAGCGGCGGGUGGUAGUGUGCCAGGACGAGAACGGCUACCCCGCCAACAGCUGCGAGGAUCACAGCCGGCCCAGUGAGCAGCGAUCCUGCGAGUCGGGCCCAUGUCCGCAGUGGAUCCAUGGCAGCUGGGGAGAGUGCACCAAACCGUGCGGAGGCGGCAUCAAGACCAGACUGGUGGUAUGUCAACGUCCCAACGGCGAGCGUUUCAACGAUCUGAGCUGCGAGAUCCACGACAAGCCGCCGGACCGGGAGCGCUGCAACACUCGGCCGUGCCCAUCUAGCCCCCGCUGGAGCGCCGACCCGUGGGGCUCGCUACGCUCAUGAUCGUUAUGAUACUCCACACCUUGCUUGUUUUUUUGUUUUCGUUUUGUUUUGUUUGUUUGUUUUCAAACCGGCCGUGACACUCUGUCACAGGCGGUCUUUUGCAGCGGGGAAAAGAAAGCGUACGCUCCUCAGACGUGAACUCCCCGCCGCCGUUUUCUCGAGACAUUUGGAAAAUCCAUUUCUGUCCUGUCCCGCAGUUUGCCGGAGACAGUCGAUCCCAACAGAGCGCUUCCGUGACAGCUGUGGCCAGAAGAGCCUUCUUUUCUCUCGUGACUGUCAACCAGGAGUCGGGCUGAAAAACAUCAGGAUCCAAAUCUUGUUUGCGAUACAUAAUUUAUUGAGAUUUUUUAAUUUCUUUCCGUGUUUAUCAUUUGUACGUAGCACAAAGUUGAAAAGCGAUUUCUUUUGUCUUUGCUCUUUGUAUCGGAACGUCGGCAAUUGUUCAUGUGCAAAUACCGAGCGAGGUUGUUGCGUAUCGCGACCGCACGGCGCGAUGCGAGCCACGCUGGUUUCUUCUCCAAAGACCGAGAGAAACGGCCCCUCGUCUGGACGCGCGGCGCCUCAUCUGACAUUCGGAGGGCCCGAUUCGCGUCUCAGACGGAACUUCAUUGGUGCUGUGUGCCAGAAGGACUUUUUGCUUCAGUACUGCAAAUGCCAAACCGAAUGAUGGAGUUUGUCUGAAGGCCCGCGUGCUUCGGUGUAGAACGAAUGGGCGAAUGUGGACGCUCGAUUUGACAGUCGCGGACUGACUUUUCUCCUGCCGUUGUCGUCAGCAGCGUUGCGGCCAUCUGCUCUUGCACGUCUGUAAGGCGGCGCGAGCGAGAGCAGUGGCACCGGCGCCGUGAAACAAAUGGCGUCUGGUUGGGCCCUUUUUGUGCUUCCGAGUGCGCGCGGCUAUUCGCGACGCCGUGAUCCGUGCUUCCGCGACCAAAAGGUGGAGCUUCUUUCUCAAACUCCACGCUCUGCUUCAAAGGUGCUCCGAGUGUCUCCGUGCCAGUUUGUGCUUUUUGUACACUGCUCCCAACAAUACCUCACCUGGAAACCAGCACAAACUCAUCUUGCCG